AUGAAACAUGUGGAUACUAACACAUAUGAUGUGAAGAGGCUGCUUCAUGUUAAGGGCAAACGGAAUGUCACAGCUACCGAGUGGAAACUGAGCUGGAACAGUUUUAAUAUUGGUGAUGUGUUUUUGCUGGAUCUGGGGGAGAGUGCUCGUUCCAGUGGAAUGGACCUGACAGUAAUAAGGCAGAGAGAAUGA